GGAGAGGAGCGACGAGCCGACGACUACAUUUACGGGGUCUCCCGGCGGCCCAGAGUCGUGGCUUACAGAAGAGAUGAAAUGUGGUCUGAAGGACGAUAUGACUAUGAAAGACUUCCAAGAGAACGAGUACCUCCUCGAAAUCACCCCAGUGAUGGCUACCAUAGAGUAGUUAAUAUUGUGCCAAAGAAACCAUCACUGCUAGACAGACCUGGUGAAGGAAGCUACAGUAGAUAUUACAGUCAUGUUGAUUACCAAGAAUAUGACGAGGGCCGCAGUUUUUCUCAUGAUCGAAGAAGUGGUCCACCUCACAGAGGAGAUGAAUCUGGCUAUAGGUGGACAAGAGAUGAUCAUUCUGCAAGUCGACAGCCUGAGUACAGGGACAUGAGAGAUGGCUUUAGAAGAAAAAGUUUCUAUUCUUCCCAUUACACGAGAGACCGGUCUCCUCAUAAAAGAGACACUCCUUUUUUCAGAGAAUCACCUGUAGGUCGGAAGGAUUCUCCACACAGCAGGUCUGGCUCCAGUGUCAGUAGUAGAAGCUACUCUCCAGAAAGAAGCAAAACGUACUCUUUCCAUCAAUCUCAACAUAGAAAGUCCAUCCGUGCUGGUGCCUCCUACAAACGGCAGAAUGAAGGAAAUCCAGAAAGAGGUAAAGAGAGACCUGUUCAGUCUUUGAAAACAUCAAGAGACACUUCACCCUCAAGUUCUUCAGCAGUUCCUCCAUCAAAGGUGUUAGACAAACCCAGUAGGCUAACUGAAAAGGAACUUGCUGAGGCUGCAAGCAAGUGGGCUGCUGAGAAGCUAGAGAAGGCAGAUGAGAGUAACUUACCUGAAAUUGAGUAUGAGGCAGGAUCCACAGCACCAUUGUUUAUUGAGCAGCCAGAGGAACCUGAGUCAAAUGCAGCAGAUGGCAUAGAAUUAUUUGAAGACAGUCAACUAAGCAGUCGCUCUAAAGCAAUAGCAUCAAAAACCAAAGAGAUUGAACAGGUUUACCGACAAGACUGUGAAACUUUCGGGAUGGUUGUGAAAAUGCUGAUUGAAAAAGAUCCUUCAUUAGAAAAGUCUGUACAAUUUGCGUUGAGACAGAAUUUACAUGAAAUAGGUGAGCGAUGUGUUGAAGAACUCAAGCAUUUCAUUGCAGAGUAUGACACCUCUAGUCAAGAUUUUGGAGAGCCUUUUUAGAAAAUUACUCGCUCAGGCAACAAAAAUGUCUCUAGGGGUUUGUUUGUUUUUUUCCCCUGGAUUGUGUAAAUCCUUAAUAUAUGGAAUUUUUGUGAUGAAGAGAAAAUACUUUGAUAGUUGACUACAUUUCCAAUGUCAAGAAACAUCUAAAAUAGUCUAAGAUAUUUUAAUUAGCAUUUUUAAAAUCUACAUGUAGAGCCUCAUAAUCCAUAUUUCUCUUUUUCCCCCCUAAAAUGAUGGGUCAGUUAAUUUUUCAAGCUUUGAAAAAGCAGUCCUGGAGAACAGCUCAUGUUCUAUUGUCUUCUAUAGUAUGCGAUCAUUUGUUUUGGUCACACUAGUGUAAUUUAUUAGGUUAGAGAUCAUUCCACUUAAAACAUUUAUGGUCUUUUUGCAUUUCAUAGUCAGUGUUACCAUGUGAAAAUGUUAGAAUUCUGAGUUGUGAUUUUAUUGACUUGUUUCUUGCUUAUUUUAGGCUUUGUAACUUUUAUUAUGUUCAAGUAUACCAUCCAAAUAAACUGAAUACUUAAGCGUCUACAGAAUAUUUGCUUUGAGAUUCUCAUUGUGAUAAAAUACAGCACUUAAAUCUCAAAAAGACCUCAUAAUAAAAUCCUAUUUUCCAAGUAAAUGAACUCAAUGUUUUGUGUUAAAAUAAUCCUGAAACUCCUAACCAUUCUCACAGAUAUGAGUCUUAAACAAUAUCAUAUACAAGAAAGAGAAGGGACAGUUUGAAAUAAGAGAGCUCUUUUCAAGUUGAAGUUUCUUUAGAAUCUUCUAAUUGAAAGAGAAAAAUUUAGAAUAUGAGGGAGUAGUACAGGAGUUUUUUUCCCCAGGCCCAUAUUUUUCAUCUCAAAGAAGGUCCCUGAUAAUAUAUCCAUAAUCAAACCAUUUAUAGAUUAUGCCUUUGUUAACCUCUGUUUGUAGUCUUAAGAUCUUUGUUCUGAUGCCCUUUUUAGGGGUCCUCAAAAGUGUCCUUUAAAGAAACAAAGCAGAGUAGGCAGUAAAUCCAGCACAAUUACCCCUCACCAAGCAGUCUAUGUAAACAGUUCUUCAUGAGUGAGCCAUCCAAAUCACGAGUUAACUGGGACCAUUAGGAUAUUCCACUCAUUUCCUGAUCCCUUCCAGCUGACCAGUGGCAUUUAGCCAAAAUAUGUAUUUGUGUGGCAUUAGGAAACCUUAAAAAUCAUGCUUGUUAUUACUACCCAGUUUCAUUAUCCCCCCAUCCUCUUUCCAUUUCCAUUCUCUUCUCACUUAAAUUCUGGUGUUAUCUUUAGUGGCCUAUAUUGAUAAUAUCUAAAGAGCUACUCCAGAAGAGAUAAAAAUUAU